GGCCAAGGUUGAAAGUUUACCAUGCCCGAUGUGAAGAACGAAAGCAUGCACACCGAUGUGGCCAAGUUUAUUAAAUUAGUUAAAAUGUAACGUUAUCUUGUUGUGUUUGUGUUAACGUUUGAAUAUGUCUUUAAGGAAGGGGCAUGCUUCAAAUCAAAAAUUGAACUAUUUGAUCUACCAGUAUUUAAAAGAGAAUGGCUUCCAGAAAGCUGCAGAAGAACUCAAGAAGCAUGUGAAGAAGGGUGGAGAACCAGAAGCCUUGUCAACAUCACUACUGGAGAUCUACAAUAAAUGGUUCGGAGAUACAUCCAAGACCACAGAAACGGGAACAGAACCGGAUUCUUCCAAGUUAAAAAAUAACUGUCAAGCAGACCCUGAAAGCAGCACAGAGAGCUCAAGUUCAGCAGAGGAAGAAACAAAACCUGUGAAAGGUACAGCCUUUAUCUCCAAUCAUCUAACAGCUCCUGUUAAAGGCUCCCAGACCCCAAAGCAUCAGAGCCCAGCCACUGCCAGACCAGCUAAGGGCAAGGCUGCAGUGCAGAGCACCUCUGGAGGAAAGGCCACAGUGGGGGAGAGCUCUGGGUCUGACAGCUCAGAGGUCUCUGAAGACUCAGAGAGUGAGGAGACACCACCACAGAAAAACCCUGUGACACCCAAAGCCAAUCAUGUUCCAGCUGCAAAGGUCAAGGCCAGGUCAGCGGUCACACCAUUGACCCUGAACAAGAAACCAGCAGAGAGCUCAGACAGUGACAGCAGCUCAGGGAGUGAAGAUGAGAGCCAGAGUCUGCUUCCACAGACAACAGCUGCCACAACUAAAGCUACACCAGUGAAGCAACCAAAACCAAGUUCAACAGCCAAGACAAAAGCCACUCCUGCUACCCCAGCUAAACCAGUGGUUGCUGCUACGCCAAGCAAGGCACCAUCUACUUCCCCAGCCACACCAAAAGGAAAGAAGGUGACCACAAAAGACAAGAAAGCAACAGCAACAAAGAAAGCACAGGCCUCAGCUUCAUCAGCCAAGAGGAAGAGAUGUGAAGAGAAACCAGGGGACAUGCCCGCUAAUGACAAGAGGAAGAAGCUCUCCAUGCCUCAAACCCCUCCUGUUCCUCCUCCUACUGGGAGAGACGAGUCUGACUCAGACUCUGACACCGAACUGGAUGUGGAAAAGUGGAAGAAACUGGCACGGGAACUGUCAGACGCUGAUAUUGCCAAAAUAGACACCAUCACUGCACUGAAUGCUCCACCUGCUCCCACCUCACCUGCCUCAGCAGCAAAGAAAACAAGAGCACCGAGGAAGCCCAGGGCUAAAUCUACACUGGAAACACCCCCAAAUCCCAGGGCCAAAUCUGCAACGAAAACACCAAAACCCAAGGCUGACACUGCAGUGAAAAAGGCUGGUCAUGCUAAAAAGUUCAAAGCUACAACUGAAAAAAAAGCCAUGGCUGAGAAGAAUGGGAAGACCAAGACACCAGCAAAAGACAGUAAAGCCAAGUCUAGUCAAGUGAAGAAGGCAGCACCUCCCUCCCCAUCCCCUGAAGGCCAAGCAGAGGAGAUCAACAGUAAUACAGCUGACCUAAUAGCUGUAGCAGACAAACAGCCACCCUCCAUGCUCUCUACCACAACACUUAAUGGAAAACAGACAGCCAAGAAAGGAAAGAGGAAAAAUGGGAACAUUAGUAAGGCUAAAGCAGAUAAUAAUCUACCAGAACCCAAGAAGAAGAAAAAGAAAAAGGAGAUUGUAGAGGAGAAGACGGAACCAGAGAAGAAGAAAAAGGAGAAGACGACUAAGGAGAAUGGGGCAGAAAAAGAGAAGGAAAGAAAGAAGAAACAGGAGAAGAUGAGCAGGGACAAUGAGACUGAGAAGAAACAGGAGAUGAUGAGCAGGGACAAUGAGACUGAGAAGAAACAGGAGAAGAUGAGCAGGGACAAUGAGACUGAGAAGAAACAGGAGAAGAUGAGCAGGGACAAUGAGACUGAGAAGAAACAGGAGAAGAUGAGCAGGGACAAUGAGACUGAGAAGAAACAGGAGAAGAUGAGCAGGGACAAUGAGAAGAAACGGGGAAAAGACAGAAACAAGACUAAAGGGAAUGGUGUUAAAAGUGACCCAUUACUUCCAUCCACCACAGGAACGCCUGAUCCUCCAACAGAGAAAAAGAAAAAGAAGAACAAGCUGAAACUCUCAGUGGAGAUUGCAGUGCCUGAGACUCCGGUCACCCCUGUACAGGCAUCCACAAAGACCCCUCCUAGAAAGAAAAAUAAAUCAUCUAAGAGUAAGUCAGGCCUUUAGAGAUGAAGGUCAAAUACAAUGGGGCUGUGUCAAGUGUGGACCUGGACCCAGGAUUCUACCUAAAUGGUAGUUGAGCAAUAAUGGUAAAGACUGUCUGUCCACACAAUGGUCUCCCAAGACCAAACCAACUGGGCCCAGCUUUUCAAAAGUUAUCUGGAUUUCGCCUAUCGGGAGGUUGAAAUGCAUAGAGAUAGAAUUAAUAGAACAGAAGUCCCCAUUCAAGUCAAUGAUUUGUCUGUCCUAUUCAUACUAUUUCUAUGCAUUUAAUUGUAUGCGAUAGGCGAAAUCCAGAUAGAUAACGUUAGAAAAACCGGGCCCUGGGGAUUUGUUCGAUUUUUUUUACAACAUUGUAUACUGUAUUAAAUGAACACUUUUCCUGUUGGUACAUUUAAUGAAGUUAAAACAUUGAUUUUUAUUAGUUUAUCCCCUCCAAAAUAAUUGUACAGUUUGCUGUUUUGCAUACUAUGUGAUGUGCUGCAGCUAUCUAUGUCACUGUACAUUUUAAUUAUGAUGUUUCCUUGUAUGUUUGUGUGAUAGUGACAAACAGAACGUUUUAAGGAAAUGUCAAGUUUACUAUAGCAUUAGCCCAUUCAUAGCCGCUAACUACCUUUAGGGCCUAUUGAUGAUAGUAACUUCUGACCGGGGGAGUUUUGUUAAGAGCCCCGACACUCUCUGAAUGUGAACAUGCAUUGCUUGCGGUACGAAUUUUGAAACAUAAGGAACGUACACUACCGUUUAAACGUUUGGGGUCACUUAGAAAUGUCCUUGUUUUUGAAAGAGAAGCACAUUUUUUGUCCAUUAAAAUAAUUUCAAAUUGAUCAGAAAUACAGUGUAGACAUUGUUAAUAAUGUUAAAUGACUAUUGUAGCUGGAAACGGCUGAUUUUUUUAUGGAAUAUCUACAUAGUCGUACAGAGGCCCAUUAUCAGCAACCAUCACUCCUGUGUUCCAAUGGCACGUUGUGUUAGCUAAUUCAAGUUUAUCACUUUAAAAGCGUAAUUGAUCAUUAGAAAACCCUUUUGCAAUUAUGUUAGCACAGCUGAAAUCUGUUGUUCUGAUUAAAGAAGCAAUAAAAACUUUAUUUUAUUGCUUUCAAAAACAAGGACAUUUCUAAGUGACCCCAAACUUUUGAACAGUAGUGUAUAUAUUCAUAUCGGUGAGAAAAUAAUAUACUUUAUAGGGUUAAGGUUCCCACACAGCCAUUUCUCCAUGUUACAGCGCUUGUUUAUGGAAAACAGACGGAAAACAGAAGCGACUACCUGUGCUAUCUGCGUCUCCGAACACCUGUGUGUAAACGGAAGGCAGACGCCACAAACGUGUUGUCACUGAACAAUACUGUCGGCUGUGUUAAUACUGGUUAAAACAGUCUACAGUAAAUGUGUAUUUUCCAUUUGUGAAAUUAUUUUGAUAUGAUAUGAAUGUAAAGGGAUUUAUGUUUCUAGAAUCAAUUUCUGUUUAGAUGCUGUUUUGGCUGCCAGAGACAAUUUGCCCUUUAAACAGAACACGUAAGGUCCUUGAACUAUAAGGAGUAACGCUAGCCUCCUUUGACCCAUUAUUGCGCAGCAUCUGCUGCUGUAUGUCUUACGGGGUGAAUACAUAUAGCCGAUCCGAAAUGGAGGUACAGAUCAAAUUAACCUCAAAAUAACAAUGAAACCCAGAGCUGUUGUUUUACCCUAACACCCUAGUGAUGAAUGCAUAACCUAAAUGGUAAGAGAAUCAUGAGGUUGAAAAAUAUUUGAAAGAUAUUAGGACUAAGAACAUUUUUUUUUUAAGUUUCAUGGUCAGAAAGCAUGUUACCUUUCUACUGUAUUUUUAAUGAAAUUAAAAGUCAUAUUUUUCUACA